GACGUCAUAAAGUCAUCGGAUGAAAAGAAAUAUGUCGGCGUGCUGAGAGGAACAAGUGAUAGUGUUAUUGUAAAAAGUAUUGGUUUUCCGUUAUUCAAAAUUAAUUAAACAAUAUUCUAUUAGACUGCUUUAAAAUUGUCAAAAUGGCUUCACAUGGCAUAGGGCUCGGUAUCGGGAAGCCGGAAUACAUAGUCGGUGGAAAAUAUCGUUUAGUUCGUAAAAUCGGUAGUGGUUCUUUCGGUGACAUAUACUUGGGAAUAAAUAUCACAAACGGAGAGGAAGUAGCUUGUAAACUUGAGGGAAUUGGUGCAAGACAUCCUCAGCUUUUAUAUGAAAGUAAACUAUAUAAAAUUCUACAUGGUGGCAUAGGAAUACCACAUAUCAGAUAUUACGGACAAGAGAAGCACCAUAAUGUUCUCGUUAUGGAUUUAUUGGGACCGUCGUUGGAGGAUUUAUUCAAUUUCUGUUCUCGUCGAUUCACCAUCAAAACCGUACUCAUGUUGGCCGAUCAGAUGAUCGGCCGCGUCGAAUUCGUCCAUUGUAAAUCGUUCAUCCACCGCGACAUCAAACCCGAUAACUUCCUAAUGGGCAUCGGUCGCCAUUGCAACAAACUUUUCAUCAUCGAUUUCGGUUUGGCGAAAAAAUUUCGAGAUACCCGAACUAGGAUGCACAUAAUUUAUCGCGAGGACAAAAAUUUGACCGGUACCGCCCGAUACGCGUCGAUAAACGCGCACCUCGGUAUCGAGCAAUCACGUCGAGACGAUAUGGAAUCUUUAGGAUAUGUUCUAAUGUAUUUCAAUAGGGGUUGUUUACCCUGGCAAGGUUUAAAAGCGGCCACGAAAAAACAGAAAUACGAAAAAAUUAGCGAGAAAAAAAUGUCAACGCCCGUCGAAGUACUUUGCAAGGGUUUUCCCGCCGAAUUCUCGAUGUAUCUAAACUAUUGCCGCGGAUUGCGCUUCGAGGAAGCCCCCGAUUACAUGUAUUUGAGGCAAUUGUUUCGAAUACUUUUCCGCACCCUCAACCACCAAUACGAUUACACCUUCGAUUGGACAAUGCUGAAACAAAAAACGGCCGCGACGGGUAGCAGCGUCGGAGGAGCCUCCACCCAACAACAAGUCACGCAAUCCAUACCCCAACAACCAGCGAACCGAGACAAAAAAGACGACGAAAAGACAAAGCAGAGUUCUGCUAAAGGAAAUCGUUAACCCAACAUUGAAAAUCUCAUCAGUUGGGCUAAUUCCGCAUCUGGUUGGUUGAUUUGAGCCAACAAAAAAAGACGUCUGACUCCUUUUAUAUAAAUUUAAAAAAAAAAAUUGAAUUUUAUUAAUAAGUGAGCAUAUACGAAUUAUUAUUAUUAUUAUUUACAAUUAUCACUACGUCGUUCUAACGGAUAUUGUAUAAAAUAUAAUGAAAUAACAAAAAAAAAUAAAUAAAAAAUGAUGAAUUACUAGUAAAGAUGGCGGACCGCUUACAAAACAGGUCGCCAUCUUGGAUAACGAAUGCGUGUGUGUGUUUGUCGAAUGGUGUGAAUGCAAGUCAGGCUGUAUUAUUUAAAAUAUUUUUUAGAUAGCAUAAAACACGGUGUAUUUAGGAUCAUUUCGAGAUAAUUCGAUAAGUAUAUAUGUCAAAAACAGUCUGUUCUUAAAAGAAAUACCGACGCCGCCCCAACCGGUCACCGAAAAAAUCGUCCACCUCCUGUAUAUAUCCAUCUCUAUUUACUUACCUUCUUUUUCUCUAUCCCCCGUAACUUUUUUCUGUAUAUUUUAGCGUCUAUUAGUUUCUCUUUGACCCCCGUAUAACUCGAUUUUGUUUUUUCAGUAUUUCAAUUAUCCUCAAACCCCCGUAAUUCGAUUUGGUUUUUCUAAUUUCUUAAUUUUCCUUAAACCCCUGUAACUCGAUUUUAUUCUUACAAUUUCUUAAUUUUCUUCUGACCCCUGUAACUCGAUUUUAUUCUUACAAUUUCUUAAUUUUCUUCUGACCCCUGUAACUCGAUUUUGAACUUACAAUUUCUUAAUUUUCUUCUGACCCCUGUAACUCGAUUUUGAACUUACAAUUUCUUAAUUUUCUUCUGACCCCUGUAACUCGAUUUUGUUUUUACAAUUUCUUAAUUUUCUUCUGACCCCUGUAACUCGAUUUUGAACUUACAAUUUCUUAAUUUUCUUCUGACCCCUGUAACUCGAUUUUGAACUUACAAUUUCUUAAUUUUCUUCUGACCCCUGUAACUCGAUUUUGUUUUUUCAAUUUCUUAAUUUUCUUCUGACCCCUGUAACUCGAUUUUGUUUUUUCGAUUUCUUAAUUUUCUUCUGACCCCUGUAACUCGAUUUUUAACUUACAAAUUCUUAAUUUUCUUCUGACCCCUGUAACUCAAUUUUUAACUUACAAAUUCUUAAUUUUCUUCUGACCCCUGUAACUCGAUUUUGAACUUACAAUUUCUUAAUUUUCUUCUGACCCCUGUAACUCGAUUUUGAACUUACAAUUUCUUAAUUUUCGUCUGACCCACUUAGCUCCAUUUUAUUUUUUCACUCUCAUAUUUUUUCUUUAAUCCUUGUAAGUCGACUUUUGAAUUUUCCUAAUUUUCUUCAACACUUGUAACUCGAUUUUGUUUUCCUAAUCUCUUAAUUCUCUUCAACCCCUGUAAUUCGAUUUUGUUUCUACAAUUUUUUAAUUUUGUUCAAACCCCCGUAACUUAUUUUUUUAUUAUAAGUUUCUUAAUUUUUCUUCAACCCCUGUAAUUCGCUUUUCUUUUUUCAGCCUCGUAUUUUUUCUCUAACCCUUGUAACUCCAUUUUGUUUUUUUUUGUUCCUUAAUUUUUUUCUAGCUCAUUUUUAUAUUUAAAAUUUCAGUUUCGUAAUUUUCCUCAAACCCGUAAUUUGAUUUUGUUUUUUAAGUCUCUUAAAAUUUUUUUCCGACCCCUGUAAUUGGAAUGAGUCCAUCUCUACUAAUAAAUUUAUUAAAAUACCCCUUGAAAUUAAUAAAUGUUCAUAUACAGGAAUUUUUCGAAAAAACAAAAUUUCAAAAUUAUUGAAAUUAAAAUACCAAAAAUUUUGAAAAAAAUAUAUAAAUUCGUUCCGUUACGUUUAACAUUAGAGAUGGACGCUACAAUAACCGUUAUAUUAGUAACCUUACAUAAAAAAAAUGUAAGAAAGUUUUUCGGUGACCGGCAGCGUUGCCAAUACUUUUUUUUUCAUAAAAAAAAACAUUGUAUAUAUUUUCAAAACGAUUUUGAUCAUAUACUUUAUUUAGUUGUUAUUUUUUUAAGGACUUAAUUUUUUUAUGAAGCUCUAUAAUCAUGCAUCUUCUUUUUCGACAUGUAAAUUGUUCGUAUAUUUUUAGAACACUCUGUAUUUCAAAAAAAAAAUGUUCGCAUCUAGAUACCUCGCAAAUUACAUGUUUAUUAAUCAUCCAUUUCAAAAUUUCUAAAUCGAUUUUCUCUAUGGUUACUUCGAUUUCAAAGUUAGGCUUCCAAACGUCUUAUAUCAAUGACAGUUGACAACUUUGACAAUCGGAAUUUUGAAAAAAAAAAUUAAUGAAUAUUGGUAAUUUUUUUUUGUUUAAAAUAACUUAUUGAGAAAGGUAACGCAUUUUCUAUUCCUAACAGUUUAUUUAGUAAAAGGUAGCCCAUUUUUUGUUCCUUAAAGAUAAUUACUAAAAGGUAACGCGUUUUUGCUCAUAAAAAGGUAACGCGUUUUUUGGAGACUUGUUAUGAUGAAAUCUAGAUGCGUACAUGACCUUUGGGCCUCCGAUAAGGCUACAUUACGGUUUUUUGUCGUAUAUAAAGUAGCCGGCGUUGUGUUGUCAUCGUAUUUAUUUAUUCAUCACGAACUGAUAAGUAUAAGAUCACGUUUUUCCUGUUUGUUGUUGAUUAUUAAUUAUUUUGAUUGUUAGUUGUAAAUGUGACCCAAAUAUUUACAAACAUACCGUAUAUUUGCUUAACAGAAACGGAUCAGGAAGGACUUUUAACAUCAAUUGUUUUGGAGAGGUGUAUAAAAAAGGUAACGCAGAGAAAAAAUCUGAAAUUAUAUUGAAAAAUGUUUCCGAAAUCGAUGUUAAUUGAAUAAAAUGUACUAUUUAAUAGUAAAAGGUAACGCCCUUUAAAAAAGGUUGCGCUUAUUUAAAAAAUUUUACUUCGUAAAUUUCUUGUAAAAAAUGUUAAAAGGUACCGCAAAUUUUAAAUGUGCGUAAAAUUAUUCGAAAAAUUUUCUAAAAAUGGAAAUAAUUUUCAUAGUUUUCCGUCUAAAUCAAACAAAAAAUUAAUUAAAUUAAGAAAUUAUCAAUUUUAUCCGUAAAAAUGUAACGCAAUUUUUAAAAAAUCUAAAACGCCGCUACCUUUUUUCCAUUUCCAAUGAAAUCAACAAUUGAAACGUUAUCUAAGUGCGAAUUUAUUAGGAUGCAGAAACUAUCGAUGAAUUUUAAAGGUAACUUUCUAUUUGAAAAAUAUAUCGAGUUUCAAAUGGUUUUCACAUAUUCUACGAAUUUCACUAAAAAUAUAAAAAAUUUUCAUAUUUUUUCGUAUAAUUGAAAAGAAAAUCACAAAUUUGAUGAUUAUUGCGUAAUUUUUAAAAAUGUAAAAACGCCGCUACCUUUUUUCCAUUUCAAAUAAAUUACAAUUAAAAUGUAUGAAUAUAAGUUGGCUGCAGAAACCAUCGAUAAAAUUUCCAGGUACCCCAUGUUCUAAUCAGUAAAGGUAACGAAUUUUCAUGUUUGAUAGGUAGGGUGCUUUCGAAGGUAACGCACAAUUUUUAACUUUAAAAAAAUGACAUUUUCAAACAAGGUAAGUUUAUAUUCCAAUGAUUCCAAAAUUUUGUAUAACUAAUCGAUGAUUAAUAAUCUCAAAUAAUACGGGGUCAUUAAUAAAAUUACAUUGUUCUAUUGCGGAUUUUAACUUUAUAAUAUCCAGUUAGUUUUACGUAAAAAUCAUUCAAAUGUGACAAUUUAUUAUUAACAUUCGUCAUUAGUGCAAUAUUUUAUUUGUAGAAGGGUCCAAAUUGAAAAAAAAAACAUCGUAGAAACACAAAUUCGGUUGAAUUGCAUUUGAAUAAUUUUUUCGAAGACGCCCCUGUACUUUGGAACCAAAUUACGAGGUUCUACAAUUCGCAAUCGAACCAAUAGGAAACAAUCCGUGAUAGUUUUGAUCAUUUUUCGAAAUGUAGGGACUGUAUAUACUGCGAAAAUUGUGAAAUGAAUAAAAAUUGUAGAUGCGACAUCAGUGACUGCCAUAACCUUUCAAAAUUAAAUGUAAAUUCUUCGAUGUAUGUAUUGAUAACACUACAACAAUUUGCAAGUUAAGUUAUUAUCGUUAUUAAUUUUCUGAUUUAAUUUCUAGUAGCUUUUAAAAUAGUUAUUUCAGGCGUUUGUUCGAUAAUUUAAGUUAUAACAAACAAAUUCGGUUCCGCAUUUGUAAUUUACAGUGUUACAGUGAGGAAUUGCAGGAAUAAAAUGAAUAAAAAAUCAAAUAAA